AUGCCCCUCCGCGACUUUGCGAUAUUACACAAGCUCGGCAAGGGCACGUUCGGUACGGUCUACAAAGUACGGCGCCAUGAAGACAAGCAGCUCUACGCGAUGAAGCGCGUCAAACUGUCCAAUAUGCCCGAUGUGGAGGUCGCCGACGCCUUGAACGAGGUGCGCGUGUUAGCGUCGGUCAAACACGCGAACGUUUGUGGCUUCUUGGAGGCGUUCUGCGAAAGUAGUGAGCUAGUGGUUAUUAUUGACUUCUGCGAACGAGGUGACCUGUCGCAACGAAUCGACCGAGCGAAACGGGGAAGAAGAUUGAUUGACGAAGGUCAAAUACGAAGCUGGCUCCGGGGCAUCGCGAGCGGUCUACAAUGUCUCCACAGCCAUGGCAUCGUGCACCGCGAUUUGAAGCCGGCGAACUGCUUCAUCGCUGACAACGACAUCGUAAGGCUGGGCGACUUCAACGUCUCGAAAGUCCUCAAGAAGAACCAGUGUCUCAUGAAGACGAAGAUCGGCACGCCUUAUUAUAUGGCGCCCGAGGUCUGGGACGACCGGCCCUACACGUGGUCGGCGGACGUCUGGGCCCUGGGAUGUACGGCGUAUGAGUUGUGUGCCUUGCGGCCGCCCUUCGUGGCUCGGUCGUUGCCGGGCUUGGGUCGGGUCGUGAAAUCUGGAAAAUUUGAUGCUCUACCUCGUACCUAUUCCAAGGAGCUGCGCGACGAUGUUGUUGGUGUUUCUUUAUGUGUAAGUCCACAACGACGACCGUCCGCCCAAAAGUUAGCUCAAGUGCUUGGGUCAACUGUCUCUCCACAGGAUUCGGUCGCGACCGAUGUCUCACUGUUGAAAACUAUCAAGGUACCGAAUAACCGGCAAUUGAUCGGCAAAGUAUUGCCAGAAGCGCAGUACGACGAGCCGCGGUCGCCGAUCGCGUGGGAGGAGAAAAAACAAUUUCCGGACCCGCGGAAAAAAGCUUUAUUGGACUUCGGCCGGAAGAUCGAGCAGAGCAAAGCGGCCGCCGCGCCGCAAGCGCCCGCCGCGCCCGCCGCGGAGGACGCGCCGUCGCCGACGUGGGCCGAGCGGCGCAAAAUGCUUGAAAAGAAGUCGGCGGCGCUGGACGCGCGCCGGGCCGAGAUUGCCAGAAGGGCGGCGCCGCGCGACGAGCACCUGCGCGACUCGUCGCUGGAGCGUCAUGAAAAAAGAUGCCGGAGCCGGCGCGGCCGCCGCGCGAAGCCCGUUGUAAGUGCUGCAGCGGCGGCGCGCGCCCUGGCCCCCGCGUUCCCGGCGCGCCUCGCGCCGGCGGCGCCGCCCGCGCCGGCGGGCUCGCCGCCGAUCAAGCCGCGGGGCCCCGCCGCGAAGGUGAUCCGCGGGGCGCUGCGCGACGUGAACGACGACGGGAGCGCCUCGCCGCAGAAGUCUCCCCAAAGGCCGCAGCGGCCUGUUAACAGCAACGCCGCGGCGCGCGCGCUCGCCGCGCGCGAGGCCGCGGUCCGCGCGAGCUAUCCGCACGUGCGCGUCCGGCCGCAGCGGCCGGCGGGCCUGCGGCGCCGGCCGACCCGGCCCGGAGACGUCCUCCCGGGGGGCGCGGCGGCGAAAAUCCAAUCCGUGAUGCGGGGUAGCAAAACGCGGAGGCAACUCGCCGCGCUCAAGCCGACGCCGGCGCGCUUCUGGAAGCCGAUGGACCCGUUUGCCGCCGCCGCGGCCGCGGCGAUGGCGCCCGCGCGGCCGUCGCGGCCCGUGGCGCGGCCCGCGGCGCGGCGGCCCGCGCCCUACUUUUGA